AUGCUAAGAAAAUACAUCUUGUACAAGAAAUUUAUAUUAAAUAUGCAUAUAAUACAUCUUUACGAAUUUAUUCGAGAAAUUACAUGCACGACAAAGAACGUAAUAAAAAACUUGGCAUAUAAGUAUAUUAAUACAUCUUACAAAUAUGAUAAACUUAAAAUAAACAUUAUAAAUAAAUUAUUAGAAAUAAUUUGUCGCAUGCAGCAGUUCUAA